AGGAACCAGCGUCACUGAAGCAGCUGGAGCCCCAUUGAAGGCAACGGGAGCAGCAGCAGCAGCAGCAAGAGCAAGAGCAGGAGCAGCAUCCUCGGCGGCGCCCUCGGCGGCGCUCUCCUCCCUCUCUCUUCCUCUCAUUCUCUGCCUCUGUGUGCUCCUUUCCUCCCUUCCUCCUUUCUUUCUCUCCUCCAUCCCUCCCUCCCUUCCUCCCUCCCUUCCUUCCUUCCAUCCCUUGCGCUGGAAGCCUCUCUCUCUGUUGCUGACUCCGAAAGGAUGCUCCCAGUGGCCGCCCAGUAAAGGCAGAAAGGAAGGAAAGAAAGAAAGAAAGAAGAGAGAGAGGACCUCUCCACUUGGGGGGCGAGGGGCUUAAAAAGACCCCCCUCAGGAGCCCCUGAAAGCUGAAGGAAAAAAGGAAGAAGGAGAAAAAGGAAGAGGAGAAGGAGAGGACCAGAAAGACCCACUAAUAAUAAUAAUAAUAAUAAUAAUAUUGAGAUUUAGAUUGAAACAUACCAGAAGAAGAAGAGGCAUCCCCACCACUCCCAAGACUUUAGACCAAGACUAUCUAUCUAUUAUUGUUGUUGUUUUUAAUUUUAAAUUAUUAUUUUGGGGCAGCCAACACCUUUUCUUUUCCCCCUGUUCUUUUUCUUUUCUUCCUCCUCCUGCAGCAAGGUUUUGUUUUUGUUUUUCUCUCUCCCUUCAAUCUCUUUGCCUCUCCCUCCUUUCUUUCCCUCAUUGGGAGACAUUGCUUUGGCUGGGAGAGAGGCAGAAGGAGAAAGAGAGAGGAAAGGAAGAGAGGAAGGAAGGAGAGGAAGAAAGAAAGACAGGAAGAAGAGGUUGCAAAGAGGCCUAGGAAGAAGAAGAAGCAGAAGCAAGAAAAGCAUUUCCAUUUGGCAAAGAAGACAUAUCUAUUCCUCUCCUGGGGUUCAAUCCUGACCCCUCUCCCUUCCAUAUUGUUACCUUCUUCCUCUGCUCUGAGCCCAGUCUCCUUCUGUUCCUUCUCCAAACCCUUGGCUGCCUUGAGCAUCCUAGCCCUGGCUCUCUUUCCUUUUGGCAUCUGAAUUUUGGGGCCCUCUUUGGAGUGUGUUGGGCCUAUUUUUAUUUUUUGGUGGGGAAAGACAAGAAAAAGGGGGCCACCCAAAGGCAAGUGACCCCAGGAGAAGCCCCCCAGUUUUUGGCCACCAUGGGAUGUACCUUGAGCGCAGAGGAAAGGGCCGCCUUGGAAAGGAGCAAAGCCAUCGAGAAGAACCUCAAGGAAGAUGGCAUCAGCGCCGCCAAAGAUGUCAAGCUCCUCUUGCUAGGAGCUGGUGAAUCUGGAAAAAGCACCAUUGUGAAGCAAAUGAAGAUCAUCCACGAAGAUGGCUUCUCUGGAGAAGAUGUGAAACAGUACAAGCCUGUGGUCUAUAGCAACACUAUUCAAUCGCUGGCUGCAAUUGUUCGUGCCAUGGACACCCUGGGCAUAGAAUACGGCGACAAGGAGCGAAGGGCUGAUGCCAAGAUGGUCUGCGAUGUUGUCAGUCGGAUGGAGGACACGGAGCCCUUCUCCCCCGAGCUCCUUUCAGCCAUGAUGAGACUUUGGGCCGACUCUGGCCUCCAGGAAUGCUUCAACCGGUCCCGAGAAUAUCAGCUCAACGACUCUGCUCAGUACUACCUAGACAGCUUAGAUAGAAUUGGAGGUGCUGACUACCAGCCAACAGAGCAAGAUAUCCUUCGAACCAGGGUCAAAACAACCGGAAUCGUAGAAACCCAUUUCACAUUCAAAAACCUCCACUUCAGGCUGUUUGACGUCGGAGGCCAGAGGUCAGAACGUAAGAAAUGGAUCCACUGUUUUGAGGAUGUCACAGCCAUCAUCUUCUGUGUCGCGCUGAGCGGGUAUGACCAGGUGCUCCAUGAAGAUGAAACCACGAACCGCAUGCAUGAAUCACUGAAGCUCUUUGAUAGUAUCUGUAACAACAAGUGGUUCACGGAUACGUCCAUCAUCCUGUUCCUCAACAAGAAGGACAUCUUCGAAGAGAAGAUCAAGAAAUCCCCAUUAAUUAUCUGCUUCCCAGAUUACGCAGGACCCAGCUCUUUCACCGAAGCCGUGACUUACAUCCAGUCCCAGUACGAGAGCAAGAAUAAGUCAUCCAACAAGGAGAUCUACACGCACAUCACUUGCGCCACAGAUACCAACAACAUCCAGUUUGUCUUUGAUGCUGUAACUGAUGUCAUCAUUGCCAACAAUUUGCGUGGAUGUGGACUGUAUUGAAGCCCCUUCCUUCCUUCCUUCCUUCCUUCCUUCCUUCCUUCCUUCCUUCCUUCUGUGAUGCAAUCUCAUGGUCAAGAUCCAUUUUUCUGCCACACUUUCCCAGCAAUCCCCUUCCAAUUUAAGCUAAUGCUACUGCCAUAUUUCAGAUGGAUCACAAGUCCAGUUUCCCAGCUGUGUCUUAAUAUGGCUAAAAGGCUUUGUGAAGUAUUAUUACUUGGGUCUCUGCAUUCACAAGACUUUAUCCCCUUCUUUUUAUUAUAGAGAGACUGAGGAAGCAGUGGCUUCUUGUGCUAAAUGAAACAAAAAUCAGAAAUAGCAAAAUCACCUUUCUCUCCGAAUCCCCAACUCUUGAUGGAAAAUCCUAUGCCUUUUCCCAUUCUCUUUUCCCCUGGUUUUAAGUCUCACCAAUGAAUUUCUCUACCGUUCCAUUUCUAGAAUGGCCACCAGUAUUGAAACUAACGCAGAAGAGGUUAGAGGGAACUUCUAAAUAUAUGUAGAUGGAGAGCCAGGAUGCUGUUGCUUUCUUUAGCAGACAAAACAAACCCACAUGCGCCAGUGUUUGACAUUUAAGGGCCAAAUCUGAGACUUGACAUGGGAGAUCUGUGCAUAAGAUAUCUCAAGUUGUUGGUUUUGCUUAAAAUAUUAGCCGUGGGCCAGGAGGGAAGCAUUGAGAGAGAGAGACGUUUAACCUUUUCCCCUGCUCUGUGUUUGAGUUAGCUCCCCUCCGGCAACUGUUUGCAAUGAGAGGUAAAAAGCCAUUUUUUUUUAAUUCUCAGAGAUGGCUUGGAAUUAAAGAUUUAACCUUCCCUUCCCUCUGUGCAGCAGUCUUGCUCCGAAUAGUCACACAAGACACAUAGAUGCACACACAAAACCCAACACAGACCAUCCGAUUCAUGGCUCUCCGCCUUUCUCACAUCCGGUGUGAAAUAAUCCUCAUGACUUGUUUCGAAUUUAAUAAUAAGCAACUGGCAAGUUCUCUUGUCUUCCCGGGUUUUGCAUCUUUUUAAUGGUACCUUUAAAAAAGAAAAUAACCUGGAAAUUUGGGGAUGAGGGGAGUGUGGCGGCAAUGGAUUUAACGGAAUAUCUUGGCCUCGUCUGAGAGCUGAGUUUUACUUUUGAUUUUAGAGGCCAACAACAAAGUGCCUGAAAUGAUUCUGCUGAAGUGUUGUGAAGUGUUGUUCUUGUUUUCCUGAAGUGGCAUUCAUAGUUUUUAAUGGAUUUUUCUGGCUCUGUGGCCAUGUUCUGGAAGAGAUUAUUCGUGACAUCUCUCCAGCAUCUUCAGGAAAAAUGCCAGCCAAGAUGCUGGUGAAACAUCAGAAUAAACUCUCCCAGAACAUGGCCACAUAGCCUGAAAAACCCACCCAAAAAUUAUGACUUCAGACCGUGGUUCACAAUCCUGGCUUUGUUCCAAACUUGGCAUUUGUACCAUUUCUUGUCACCAUUUUGAGAGGAACUGCAGAGGGAAGUGUUUUGGGUUGGAGGAUAUUUUAAUGUGUUUUCCUUCCUUUGGAGUGUGUGCGCAUAACUUGGGAGCAAGAAUUGCCCCCAAAUCUCAGCUAUUUCUUUCUGGCACCCAUGAUGCUAUACACCACAUCUUGUACACACCUGGCCUUUAUGCUUUGUGUAUGUACCUUAUCCUAUCUUACUUCUUUCUUUCUUAAAUUGGGAUGUGUGGGAUGUGUGUAUGUGUAGCUAAUGUGGACUGAUGGAAGCCUUACAGGGUCACAAAAGUGCCGUCCAGCAGCCACAUGUGGUGCAUGGGCAGCACUAUGCAUUAGAGGUACUAGGCAGUCAUUUUGUGCCAUCCUCCUCUGAGUGUUCAGGACUGGAGCCCACAAUGCUGUACAGCGCAUCAGUCCUGAUGUGGCACCCUGGUCUUGGUGCUUGUGUGUACCUUAUCCUAUAUUAUUUAUUCUUCCGGUGCCAUAUAAAUUGCCUGUUAUGCAUAUGGCCACCCAGCCGCACUAGGACCGAGCCCCAGACCCUGCUUUGUCACCCUUCGGCCUUCCAGGCUUGCUUCUACCUCUUUCAUUGUUGCCACCAUCUUAGACAAAGUUGGUCAUAGAACUGAAAAAGGGAAAGACCAAAGUGCCGCCUUCACUGGGAAGGGAAGUGAGAACAGAAGACCCAGGAAGCUGGCUGGGAAUAAAAGAGAUCCUCUUGGCCAGUUGAGGAGGGGGACGGGAAGCUUCAAGAAACACAUGCAAAUUACGUCCCUGGCAGCUUGAUCCUUUUCCCAAAGCAAGUGCCAAAACUUUGAGGCUUUCUUUAUAGAAGGGUACUGUUGGUCAUCUGUAGGCAGCUUUGGCAUGGGGCAUCAAGGGAGUAAGAGACUGGUCAUACCAGCCCACAUUCGGCUUGUAGGUCUCUUCCAAAUAAUGGCACAGGGUCUUUGCAAAAUAGUAUUUUAAGAAGUUGUUUAGUUUGGAUUCAAACAGUCACACUACACAGUGGUAGUGCUAUGAUUGCCAUUGAUGCAGUCUGUGGGAUUCUGGUGUUUGUAGUUCAGGGAGGCCCUAUAGUUGCUCUCUGGCUGAAAAUUUGAAGUACUCCCCAACCCUUAACCUAUAAAUCCCAAGAUUCCCUAACAUGGAGCCAUGACAGUUGAAGUGGAAUCAUAGCACUGUAAUUGUGGAGUGUGUUUAGGCCACAUCCCUUUAACUAGUAUUAAAAAAUUACCAUUGCACCACAAAAGGAAUGGCAUCAUUCCUUGUUGAGUUUCCGCUGUAUUGUAACUUAGUUAUACCUUCAUUAUUGGGAGAAGGAAUUGGUUGGAAGUGACUAGUUAUUUGUAUCUAGUUGGAGGAUAGCUUUGGGAAGUGGCUCAGUUUCUCUGGCAUGGAAGAGUGGGUCCUUUAAAAAGUCAACAUCCCCACAACAAAAGUACGGCCCUCAGCUGAAAGAGGAGGUCUUGCGUUUAUUGUAUGGAAGAGAAAGGGUCAUGUUGAAGGUUGGGGCAAGUGUGAGAAGUAAGCAUUGGCGUUUGUGGAAGGAGAAGGUUUGAAAUGAGUUCUGCGAAAGUUGGAGGAAACAGAGAGAGAAAGCACAUGUGUGUGCAACACUUGCACCUGUGUGUGCUAUAGAGGGAUACAAUUAUGGACACAAUCAUAUUGGCGUCAUAUCCUUGUGCAAGUUCAUGUACAUGUGUGUACACAUUUUUUACCAUUGUUCAAUGGAUGUAUUCAGUUGGUUGUGGAAGCGGAGUUCUACAACUGUUGGCAUUUCACACAUUAUUGAAUGGCUUGCCACUAUUAGUGCCUUCAGCAUAUUCCUUGAUGCCCUGGGAUUGUGGAAACAGCCCCUGUGCAUUCACUGUCAUGCAAGGCGAUAGUAAGUAGACCCAUCGACACAUCAUCAGUUGCACAGAUUGCUACAGAACUGGAUGCAGGAAUGAUGCAAGAUCUUGAAUGUUGUCUAAAAUGUCGCAUAGUGCCGCCAUUUCCAUUCUAUUCCCAAGUGAGAGCAGAAAAAGCAAACCUAGCAAAGCUGAAGAGUCCCAUCACCAAAGCAAUCACCGAUUCCUAAAACUGUUGGGGGUUGUAAGUUUUUUUUCAGGAUUAGCUCUUUGGGGGAAUGACUGGUGAGAAAGACCUGAAUCCUACUGAUGGUCCCAACUAGGGGAGACCAAUUGAAUAAAUGAGAUUUACGUACAUGUUGACGUGCCAUUCAGACACUGAUUCACUGACUGCCAUUGCACUCUCUUUCUGAGUCCCCUUUAGCCCUGCAUCCCUGCCCUGUGCCCUUCCCAGCAUGCCUUUACAUUUUUGUUUUUAUUUCUUUUUAUUUUCACUUUUUUGCAUAAUUCUGUUACUGCAAUUUUUUUUUUAAAAAAGAAAAGAAAUAGGGAAAAUUAUAAAGGGAAUCAGGGUGCUUGGAAACAGCAAAGGGAAGGGGAGAGGAGGAGAUACUGAUGCCCAGGCAAAGGAGGGGAACAGGCAGCGCAUGCACCGCCUCAUUCCCUGGAGCACAGAAGAUGUAGGUGGGCAGGGCUCACACUGAGAUCGCGAAUAAUCACAUCUACGAAUCUCAAGUCCGCGACUAUAAAGGGACAACUGUUAUUUUCUUAGAUAUAACAGCUGUAUCAUUCAGUUGUUGGGGAUUUCUUAUUUUGAGCCCCCAGCCAGCAGCCUUCUCCAUCCUGAGACCCUCCAGAUGCAUUGGAUGCCAGCUUCCAUUAUCCCCAGCCAACUGGAGGUGCAUUGAAUUGGGGUCAAGAACUUUUCCCUUUUCCCUAAACAACCAUUAAACCAUCCCAUGGUUUGAGCAUUGGCGUUUGACCAAAUCCCCGCUCACCCAUGGGAAUACACAAGCAAAGUCACACUUUCUCAGCUUCGGAGAAAGGCAAAGGCAAACCCCCUAUGAACAAAUCUUGCCAAAAGGAAACCCGUGAUAGGGUCGCCAUAAGUCGAAAGUGACCUGAAGGUACGCAACAGCAACAACUUGGCAUGUUGUGGACCGCAACUCCUAUCAUCCUUAGCCAGCAGUCAGUGCAAGUGAAGGAUAGUUUUCAGUGCAACUGUAUGUUCACUAUACUGUCAGUUCUUUUUGCUUUUCCACCUCCGUCCAACCUUUUCAUCCCGUCUUUUUAUCACAGCAGCACAACUACUUUUAACCAGACGCACACAGAGAUUUCCGAAACUUGCUAAACCAUACCUUUCCUUUGCCAAUUUAGUUGCAGAAUCUUUUUAUAAAUAUAUAUAUAUAAUUUAAUUUAAUUUUUUUUUGGCAUGUUUGAUUGGUCCAGACUGUAUUAACUGCCAUUUUGUACGGAGCGUGAAUGACGACCGUUGGUUGGUUUAAUAGAUCUUUUGAUUCUUACUGUAAUAAUUUAUUGGCUGUCGGUAAUGUAUUUAUUAGUUACCAAAUGUUAAUAAAAUGCCAGCUCUUUUCUAGUGUG